AGCCCGGGCCGCGGCGGCCGGCUUGGCCUGCCCUUUGUGCCCGCAGCCCGCGCCCCGCGCCGAUGGCCGCCGCGCAGGGCUCCCCGGCGGUGCGCACCCGCCCGCAGACCUGACCCCGCGCGCCUGGGAUGCGCCGGGAAUGCGCGUCCUCCGGGCCUGCGGCUCCUCCCGGCUGGGCGCGGGGCGAUGGACCUGAGCAUGAGGAAGUUCACCGUGCGCAGGUUCUUCUCCGUGUACCUGCGCAAGAAGUCGCGCUCCAAGAGCUCCAGUCUAAGUCGACUCGAGGAGGAAGGCACCGUCAAGGAGAUUGACAUUAGCCACCAUGUCAAGGAAGGGUUUGAAAAGGCCGACCCUUCCCAGUUUGAACUGCUGAAGGUGUUAGGACAAGGAUCCUACGGGAAGGUGUUCCUGGUGAGGAAGACCAAGGGAUCUGACACUGGGCAGCUGUACGCAAUGAAAGUUCUUAAGAAAGCUACCUUGAAAGUUCGGGACCGAGUCCGUUCGAAGAUGGAGAGAGACAUUUUGGCAGAAGUGAAUCACCCUUUCAUUGUAAAGCUUCAUUAUGCCUUUCAGACAGAAGGAAAGCUCUACCUGAUACUGGACUUCCUGCGAGGAGGGGACCUCUUCAGCCGGCUCUCCAAAGAGGUGAUGUUCACCGAGGAGGAUGUCAAGUUCUACCUGGCUGAGCUGGCUUUGGCUUUAGAUCACCUCCACGGCCUGGGGAUCAUCUACAGAGACCUGAAGCCCGAGAACAUCCUGCUGGACGAAGAGGGACACAUCAAGAUCACAGAUUUCGGGCUGAGUAAGGAGGCCAUCGACCACGACAAGAGAGCAUAUUCGUUCUGCGGGACGAUAGAGUACAUGGCCCCCGAGGUGGUGAACCGGCGGGGACACACGCAAAGCGCCGACUGGUGGUCCUUCGGCGUGCUCAUGUUUGAGAUGCUCACGGGAUCUCUGCCGUUCCAGGGGAAGGACAGAAAGGAGACCAUGGCCCUCAUCCUCAAAGCCAAGCUGGGCAUGCCGCAGUUCCUCAGCAUGGAAGCCCAGGGUCUGCUGAGAGCCCUCUUCAAACGGAACCCGUGCAACCGACUUGGUGCUGGCAUCGACGGGGUGGAAGAGAUCAAGCGGCAUCCUUUCUUUGUGACCAUAGACUGGAAUAAGCUGUACAGGAAGGAGAUCAAGCCGCCGUUCAAGCCAGCAGUGGGCAGGCCAGAGGACACCUUCCACUUCGACCCCGAGUUCACAGCACGGACGCCCACAGACUCACCCGGCGUCCCCCCCAGCGCCAACGCACAUCAUCUGUUUAGAGGAUUCAGUUUUGUCGCCUCUAGUCUGGUCCAGGAGCCCUCGCAACAAGAUCUGCACAAAGCCACGGUCCAUCCCAUCGUGCAGCAGCUACAUGGAAACAACAUCCACUUCACCGAUGGCUAUGAGAUCAAAGAGGACAUCGGGGUGGGCUCCUACUCCGUGUGCAAGCGCUGUGUGCACAAAGCUACUGAGGCAGAGUAUGCCGUGAAGAUAAUCGAUAAGAGUAAAAGAGACCCCUCGGAAGAGAUCGAGAUUCUCCUGAGGUACGGGCAGCACCCAAACAUCAUCACCCUCAAAGACGUCUACGACGAUGGGAAGUUCGUGUACCUGGUGAUGGAGCUGAUGCGCGGCGGAGAGCUCCUGGACCGCAUCCUCCGGCAGCGCUACUUCUCGGAGCGGGAGGCCAGCGACGUGCUGCGCACCAUUACCAAGACCAUGGACUACCUCCACUCCCAGGGGGUGGUUCAUCGAGACCUGAAGCCGAGUAAUAUACUGUAUAUGGAUGAGUCUGGAAACCCUGAAUCCAUCCGAAUCUGUGACUUUGGGUUUGCCAAGCAGCUCCGAGCUGAGAACGGACUGUUGAUGACACCCUGCUACACGGCAAACUUUGUUGCCCCAGAGGUCCUGAAGCGGCAAGGCUACGAUGCAGCAUGUGACAUCUGGAGUUUGGGGACCCUUUUAUACACCAUGCUGGCGGGAUUUACCCCGUUUGCAAAUGGACCAGAUGAUACUCCUGAGGAGAUUUUGGCUCGGAUUGGCAGUGGGAAGUAUGCCCUUUCUGGGGGGAACUGGGACUCAAUCUCCGAUGCUGCAAAGGACGUCGUGUCCAAGAUGCUCCAUGUGGAUCCUCAUCAGCGACUGACGGCAGUUCAAGUCCUAAAACACCCGUGGAUUGUGAACAGAGAGUACCUGUCGCAAAACCAGCUCAGCCGACAAGACGUCCACCUGGUGAAGGGUGCCAUGGCCGCCACCUACUUUGCUCUGAACAGAACUCCGCAGGCCCCGCGGCUGGAGCCGGUGCUGUCGUCCAACCUGGCUCAGCGCAGGGGCAUGAAGAGACUCACAUCCACCAGGCUAUAGUGGAGCAGGCCCCGCAGAGCAUCCUGGGUCCUCGGUGCCAGCCUGGGCCCCCGUCUCGGGCACCGCCGGGGUGACCACUGCCCGACCGCAAGGCUCGGCUGCCUCCGCUCAUUCCACGUUUUCUUGUUCAGCCUGGAUCGGAUCCAGACCGGUGACCUCCCAACGCCUCGCUGUGCCAACCUCGCCGCCUCCUUACCCCGAGCAAAGCCAGACGGGCUCAUUGCAGCGCACACCACCAUGCCCAAGGCCUGUAGGGUUCCUUCAGACUCUGGAGGUCUUUUACGAUCAUGGCUUAUAUUUAUAUAGAGAGAUAUUUUUUCCAAUGAUAAAGCCAGUAACUGGGUCAGAUUUCCGCACACGCGUCCUAGUUAUUAGGGUGGGCGGCGCACUGACCCUUCAUGGCACAGCCUCCCAGGAGGGGCUGGCCUCUGCGGUUCUGGGGUGGCCAGAAUGAUGGGGUCUGCGGAUGGCACCCAGGAGUAGAUGCCAGGUCCCCUCCAAAUGAUCCAAAGAGCCCUCAUCCAUCGCCCUUCCUCUCUGAUUGAGGUGCUGGGUGUUCUCUCAGGGUCGCAGACCCGAAUGAGGGAAGAGCCCAGGACUAGCAGGUGUCACCUUUGCCGUGGGAACCUCUCAUAAGAUCCGCAUGCCCCUGGGGACAAGCCAGCCACGGCCUGUGUCCCCCGCCCUGUGUCCUUGUCCCUCCAUGGCUGGGGCUGCGGGGCUGGGGGUCCAGGCUCCUGCCCUGGCUCCAGCCAAGAAAGGUCGCCCCAGCUUCUGAGAGAGAGAGAGAGAGAGAGAGAGAGAGAGAGAGAGAGCAAGUGCAAGAACAUGCACUGGGCCUGACGCCGGCUCCGCGACCCCAGGUCAGGCUCUGUGCUCUCCCAAAGCAGUGGAUUCGCUGUGCUUGCCUUCCCUCUCUGUCCCACGGGAGAUCCGUGAACAUUGGCACCCGGAGCUCUGUUCCUCCCUUCUAGGCGUGCUCGGUCCUGCUGGAGCCAGGAGGGGGCCGGGAGGCCCGGCUGCCCCUGGGGCCCAGAGGGGAGCUGAAAGAUGGGUUCCCCAGGGUGGGAUGCACUUUGUAGAAGCUGUGCUUUUGUGUUACAUUUGUGUUUCUGUUUUUCACCUGAUGUUGCAGUGACAUUUAAUGUUUCCCUUGGGGUGCGUGUGUGCACGCAGGAGGGACGCGUGCCCACGGGAGGGGGUGCGUGCAUAGGGGAGGGGACACGUGCACAGCAGUGGGUGCAGUGCCGAGGUGGGGGGGCCUGUGCGUUCCUCCUUAAAUAAAACCGGGACAGCCUCAGUGCUGCUGCCCAGGCCAGAGGGGAGAGUGUGUGUGCCCCCCACCCCCAUGUCCUCCUGCCUGCCCCAUCGCCGGUGCCCCCAAGCCAGCCCAGGAUGCCCCACUGCCCUCGGUUGGGUGCGGGGCACCUGUGGUCCUCAGCCAGGUCUCACUAAGAAGACAUAAGUCCUUGUUCCCUUCAUCCCCCAUCUCAACCAACCGCACCACUUCAAAAAGACAAAAAAGCAACAUGCCACAUUCUGUUAAAACUCCUUAGCUGGGUCCAGUUGUUUCCAGACCUUAAAAUGUAAACUUAUUUCAGAAGCUUUCAUUAUUCUGUGAGCCUUUCUCCCCCCAGACGUAAAGGUGGAGGCAGGUUCAUGAGCCGGUUUCCUACAAAGCUUCCGUAGGCAUCUCUCACACUUUCUCAAUAGAAAAUGCUUCUCCCCAAAGACACAAAGCCUUGGUUCACAAUAGUUUUGCUUUAGGUCUGAAUUAUUUUAUCUCUUAGUAGAAGCUUAGGGAAAACUGGAUAGCCCUUAGGUCGCGGGUUUGCCCUCCUGGGAACCAACAGAGGUCAUUGUACCUUCUGUCUGCCAUGGGGCCACUGCUCUGCCCCGCGCUCAUGGGGCCCAGGUGUGCCACCCGGCAGGUGGUUUGUUUGUGGAGAGUCUGAGUGCAGAGUAUUGCAGGCCCCAGGGAAGGAGCCCAGGAGCAGGCAGGGAGAGGGGCCAGCCUGUGCUCUCCGCCACGGCUUCUGCUCGUCACCUUUUGCAGUGCCCCCAUGCACGCAGCCCCACCUUGCAUACUCCGAGAGCCACAGAGCCGCCUGGGGCUCACCUGGCACCACGCUGUGCCCUUGGCGAAGGGCCGGCAUGCAGUGGCGGCGGCAGAGACACCGCUGGCACCUGCCCUGCUGAACCAAGUCUACUUGAAUGUCUGUACAAUACCUCUGCUCUCUCACCUGAUCCAGAACACAGUGAUACUUGAAACCCUUCCAGAAAGUCAGCCUAGAGAAGUCAGUAUCACAGUUGAAACUGAGCUGCCCAUUCCUGAGUGGCACGGCCUGGUUGUGUGUCCUCAGCAGCAGUCCUGGGUGAAGGAAGGGGCUAUUCUCGUUUCGCUUCCCCAGUGCAGGGCGCCCCCCACCCCAACCCCUUACCCCGGCCCGGAGCACCCCGGGGGCUUCGCACAAGCAGCCAGAGCACCCGGAAAGUCAGAUCGCUGCCCCUGGAAACACGGGGAACCACCCUCCUCUGGAUCAUAGUCCACGGACUUUGUCAUUAGAAAACCGAGCCCGGGAGCUCCCCCCAAGGAACCCCCUGCGGUCUCCUCCCCACCCGCCAGCCCCCCUGUUUGAUGGAAACACCUGGCUCGCCCCAUCCGGGUGAGCCCCCCACACAUGCCGCCCCCAAGUCAAAUUUGGGCAAGAGUGAGACUUCACCUGUGUCCUUAGGUCAGGUUGUCCGUGACUUUAACUCCGUGUGUGUUGAUGCUUGGAAGACUGUCCAGCAUUUUCAGUGAUAAUAGUACUUAAUGUUAGCCAGUAUUGUUCAUAAAUGGUGUUACCCCUAAAGCCGCACGUUGGGACUUCUGCCUCACGCCUGACUGAUCCUCUCAAGCACAUGACGAACUUGAUUUGCACUCUGUUGUUCUUUCCCGAUGGUUUUGUCGCCCUUCACCUCUCCAAGAGUCCUUAAAAUUCAAGAAUGGAGAAGGACACCGCAGGCCCCUGGGUGGUGAGGAGACUGGAGGAGCGUCAGCGCGGCUUCGCAGAGCUCGGAAGAACGUGGGAGACUCGAACUCGCCACCGCCGUCGCCCACGGGGAGCCCGCUUUCCACCCAGACCCCGACUCAGCACUUUGUUUACAAGCCCGCAUUUGUGUUUACAGGUCAUUCUUAUGUUCACGCUUUGUAUUUUAUGUUUGAGAUGGGCGGCCACUAUACAGAUAUUUAUUACGCUUUCCAGACUUUCUGAAUAGAUUUUUUUGGAAUAAACAUGGGUUUUAUGAAGUGUAAUAUUUUUCUAGGAUAACAAUAAUUUUUGGACUUUCUGUGUUGUUGCCAAUGAUAGUCUGCAGACAAGCAUCUUACUUCCCUCCCCCGUCCCUCGCUCUGUCCUCGGGCUGCUGGAAGGUGGCAUCGUCAUAGGGAAGCUGGGACAGCACGGCCUCCACUCCACAUCGAGAGCUGUGUGCGUGUGCGUGGGCAUGGUGGGGCUUUGCAUGCAUGUGUGGCUUGCGUGUGAAUGCAUGCACAUGUGCACUGUGUAGCGUAUGAACAUGUGUGUGCACAUGUGCAUGCCUGUGCAGUAUGUGGAUAUUCCUGUGUACAUGAGUGGUGUGAGCAUAUGCGUGCAUCUCUGUGGUGCGUGUUGUGUGCCUAUGUGUACCUGCAUGUGUGGGAUGUGAGUGGUUACACAUGUACACGUGUAUGUGUGGUAUAUCGUGUAUCUUAUGUGGCCUGUGUAGAGUGUGUGUGCACAUGUGUACAUGCACCUGUGUGUAUUAUGUGUUUGUGUGUGCUUUGUACACGCAUGUGUGUAUGCUUAUGUGUGGUUCCAUAUGUGCACGUGUGUGUGGUGUACAUGCAUGUUCCUGUGUAUGUGUGUGCACUCUGCAUGGAGCCAGGCCACGUGAUGGGAUGGGCGCUGGCAGGAGACAGGAUGGUGUGUCGGCAGCGAAGCAGGUGACCCAGGGUGGGCUGCUGGAGGCUGUCCCUGCCGUAUCUCGUUCUGUGCAC